AUGGCCGCCAGAAAUUACAGCAGUCCGAGUAUUGUCGCUUCGAGGAUCGAGGAGGAACUGGAUGCUAAUGUGGCCAUCCACGAAACGGACGCGGGGAGAUUGCUUGGGCUGCCUGCUCCUGCUCCGGCGCAGUUUACCACAGGCGCGGCAGCACGACCGAGCCAACAUGCCUCUUCUCAUACGGAUACCUCCAACCCCGAACCCCCGCCAGCCGCACAUACAUCUAGCAAUACAACCCAAGAACAAUCAGCCACCCUGCCCCCCGCGAAUUCUUUUACCCAAGUGUUUCUUGAGGGACUCAGCUGGUUUUUCCGUAACGUUAACCCUGGUAGUGCAGCUGGAGGCGAGGGUCCAAGAAGAAGCAUGGUUAGCGGCGAUCCACUCAGAGGAGGUGGAGAUCCCCUUUCCCAUGUUGACUUGAUGAAAUCUAGAGGCCUUGACUCGAGCCGGGAGGGCAGAGUAAUGUAUGCUCAGCAACAUGGAAUCGGAGGUGUGCCUUUUUCUGCGCCGUGGGGGGAUGCAAUGCUGAGGCAUCUUCAAAGGAAUGGGUGAUACAUGGCAAUUGAAAAAUAUGGUUUGGAGGGUGCAAGGAAUAUGCUAUGGUUAGUUGAAACCAAGGUGGCGUGAUACUGCAGACGUUUGAUUUAAAGGGUAAGAGGUGUAUGUCCGUGAUUCCUUUUUCGUUCUAUCUAUUCAUUUGCGACUCCUUUCAAUGAAAUGUGAUAGAAUUUGCAGCGUGUAGUGUACAGAGAUUUCUAGGAGCCGAUGUUAUUUACGUGGAAUAUUAU